CACUGUUGCCUUUCCCUACCUCUUUUUAUUUUUCCUUUAAUGGAUGCUCUCGUCGCGCGCUCCUCCGUGCUCUCGCCGCCGGCGGCCGCCGGAGACGCGUCUCCCUCCCCAUCGCCCCUCCGGGUGUCCGUCGCGCUUCCCAGGCCCCGCAGGAGCCCUUCAGCCCUCGCCAUCUCCACGCGCUGGCCGCGUGCUCACCGCCGCGGCGGCGGCCGUCUGCUCGCUGGGUCAGGGGAAGGCGGGUCCCCCGACCCCGCCGGUGAUGCGGGUGGCAAGGAGGAAUACUUUCCCUUACUCGAGAAUACUGUACGUGAAAGCCAUGAAAUGGAUACCACUAAACAUGAUGAGAUUGGCAUUUCUGGAAAUGGUGGGAGUAACACUGGCGGCUCAAGGGCUGGUCUAUUCAGAACACCUAUUUCAGGUGGUGUGCACAGUGCAACUGCUGUUCAUGAUUUGCCACCACCAGCUUUGGCCGUUCGCAAUCUCAUGGAACAGGCAAGGUUUGCUCAGUUAUGCACUGUAAUGUCUCAGAUGCAUCAUCGUCGUGCGGGAUACCCAUUUGGUUCUCUAGUAGAUUUUGCACCUGACUCAUUAGGCCACCCAAUCCUCUCAUUAUCCCCACUAGCCAUCCACACAAGAAAUUUGUUGGCAGACCCAAGAUGCAGCCUUGUUGUACAAAUAACUGGAUCGAGUGGACUAUCAAAUACACGGGUAACUAUCUUUGGUGAUGUCGUUCCAUUGCCUGCUGAACAACAGGAAUGGGCUCAUCAGCAGUAUGUUUCAAAGCACCAGCAGUGGGCAUCUCAACAGUGGGGUAACUUUUACUACUACAGAAUGCAGACGAUAAGCGACAUAUAUUUCAUUGGAGGUUUUGGUACUGUGGCUUGGAUAGAUGUGAAGGAAUACGAGUCUCUGCAACCUGAUAAGCUUUCAAUGGAUGGAGGGGAGCAAAAUUUGAAGGAAAUCAACUCAAUGUUCUCAAAGCCUCUGAAAGAACUCUUAUCAGCUGAAGCAGAGGUAGAUGAUGUAGCUGUUAUAUCAAUGGAUAGCAAAGGUAUUGAUAUCCGUGUGCGACAAGGUGCACAGUUCAACAUCCAGAGGAUAGCAUUUGAGGUGAAUCGCAGCAUAGAAACACUGGACGAAGCCAAGGAAGCGCUUAAGAGGAUCAUCAGCAAGUCUAGGUGGACAAAGAGCUCUAUUUUGAGACGCGCUUGAAGCUGAAGCUGGAAGUUCUGCAAAAAGUUUUGUACAGUGCGGGUGUUUUAGUCUUUAUGAUUUGCCGGAGUUGUCGUAGAGAGACUUCAUUUCAGUGUUUUUGUUGAGGGCCUAGAACUCAAUCACCAUGAGCCCCUUUGUGUGUCGAAUAAGCAGGAGAUUCGAAAUAUCCCCAGUAAAAUUCGAAACAUGUUACUGCUAGUGCAGUGUUGAGGACUUGAGGCCGCUCUUACAGGAUGUUUAACAGUUGAACUUGUGUAACUGUCAAGCAGUUACCCUUAAGUUGGAAGGAAAGGGUUCUGGAACAUGAAUGCCGCGUA